CGGUCACACAUUUGCUUUAUUCUCAGCCAGCUGUGUUAAUUUUGUUUAUAAAGAGAAAAACAAAAGGCAACAAAAUGUUGACAUCUAUGGUAAAGGAACAUCACGCAAAGCAAUCGAAGCGCAAGCAGGAGCAAGAAGUGAGACGCAAAGAAGCCAUCGAAUCAUCUAAUGAACUAACCCAGUCCCUGGUUGAUCAUCUGAAUGUGGGAGUGGCACAAGCAUACUUAAAUCAAAAGCGUUUGGAUGCCGAGGCCAAGCAAUUACACGUAGGUGCCACCAACUUUGCCAAACAGACACACCAAUGGCUGCAAUUGAUUGACAACUUCAGCAGCGCUCUCAAGGAACUUGGUGACGUUGAAAACUGGGCUCGCAGCAUCGAAGGCGACAUGCAAGUCAUCCAGCAAAGUCUGGAGCUGGCAUACAAGGCAUCUCGAGCUGCACAAGCCACAACAAGCAGUGCCUCAACGUCGGCAGUUGCUUCCACAAGCGCGGCCGCUAAUCCCAAUUAAUGGUUUUUUUAUGCACUACGUUAGUUUAUAAAUACUAUAUUAGCUAUAAACAAUAAAUGUUUGUAAUAACUUGUUUGGACUACAGUUUUAUAUUUUAAAACAACUGACACGGAUUUACAAAUAUUUAAAAUAAUUUUUAUUUAUAAAAUCCUAUAGUUAAUUUUGUAUUAUCGUGCUAUUGGUAUUGUGUGUACCACAUUAUGAUCAACAGCAGAACGCUAAGCACAUUGAGGCAUUUAUUUUAGCUUAUACUUUAGCGUACAAAUUGUUGGAUAAAUUUGAUAAAUUUAUUAUCGAUUACGCUGUUGGUUUUAAAAUACAUAUCACAAAGUACUAUA